UAGUAUUUAUACAUAAUAUUAGGCAAAUGAAAUAAACAUCACACGGAGUCCUCCAUAUACAUUCAUCGAGAGCUUUAAGCAUGAGUGGUGGAUUAUGGACGAUGGAUGAAUAUGAACAUGAUGAUGAUGAUGAUGAGUCAUCAUAUGAUGAUGAUGAUGGCGAGGUAGUGCAACCAGCGAGUCCUGCUGCACAGUACAUGAACAGCAAAGUGUUGUCCCUCUGCAUCAUUGCUGUUCUGGAGACAAAAGUUGCCCUCCAUCUCCAUGAACCCCAUCUCCUUUCCACUGUAAAGGAUGUCUUCUUGCCCAUCUGUCCUAGGUUUUCCUCUAUCAUGGUUAGCCAGGCAAACGGGGAGAAGAAAUGGAAACGGGUAGAGGUAAAUGUUGCCGACCACCUCCAGUUCCCGACAUAUCCGUCCGGAAGGGAACCGGAAUAUUACGACGAGCGUCUGUCGGAGUAUCUGACAAAGAUCUCCAUGGAUCCGUUGCCACAAACACGCCCGUUAUGGGAAAUUCACAUCUUCGGUUACCCGACGAGCGACGCCCCCGGGAGCUUCAUCUUCAAGCUCCACCACUCGCUCGGAGACGGGUACUCGUUGAUGGGUGCUCUUCUCUCCCUCCUUAAAAGGGCCGAUAACCCGGCGCUUCCCAUGACGCUCCCUCGCCGGGUGAGCAGUCAACCGGCGAGGGGGCACCACCUCCGACAAAUCAAAACCAAUCUUAACGUGACUAUAAACGACGUGAUAACGGGGAUAGUGACUUACGGGACGAGGCUAUACAUGCAAGAGAUGGAGAGAGAGACAUGCAACGGGAGGUGCACUUCCCUGGUGCUCUUCAACACCCGGGCUAUCGGAGGCUACAAGACGGUGGCGGAGAUGAUCAAACCAAACGCCGAAAUGCCUUGGGGCAACCGCUUCACUUUCCUUCCUCUCGCCAUUCCCAAACUCCCUCCGGCGGCGGCAGCGGCGGAUCCCCUUCGGUUUGUCUUCGAAGCCCAUCGUGUGGUCAGGAUGCAAAUGUAUUCCGCUUCGGUUUAUCUCAAUGCCCAACUCCUCGAAUUCUCCAGGAAGCUCAGAGGCCCUGAGUGUAAUGUGGUGAGCUUUGCGUCAUCUUACCGAAGUAUGUCAUCUCACCGUAAGGCAACGGCAAAAAUGAUUCGAGGAAUAUUAAAGAACACAAGCAUUACUAUGUCAAACAUGAUUGGUCCGGUGGAAGAAGCAACCUUCCUUAAUCAUCCUCUCAAAGGCUAUGUCUUUGUUGCUGGCGCUCCACAGUCUCUAACGGUGGAGAUGGUGAGCUACGUGGACAUUAUGAGAUUGUCGAUUGUGGGGGAGAAAGAUUUCAUAGAUGGGAAGAGGCUCAAGUCCUGCAUCCUCUCUGCUUUUCACCAAAUCUACACUUUGGGUGUAAAUUAAAUACAAUCACUCUCCAACUCUAUUCCGUCUGUUUGACUUUUUUUAUUUUAAUUGGAAAAACUUCAAAAGGUGUUGCUUAAUUCACAAUUAAAUAAAGGGUAUUGCU